AUGGUUCGUGUUAUUACGAUUACACUAGCCGCUGUGUUUUCUACUUUUCUAGUAUCAGCGGCAACUAUUCACAAGAGACUUAUUGGCGGAGAAUAUGCCAAGGGCGGUGAAUUUCCAUUCAUUGUUAAUGUCUUGACUCUGUCAAAGCAGGAACACUGUCGCCAGGGCGGAGUAGAAGUGGAGGUUGCAUCCGCUGCGUUACACCCUCGUUACUCCUCGAUCCGGCGUCAUGAUGAUAUUGCCAUCUUGAAAUUAGCAACUCCGAUUGAGGAGAGCGACAUGAUUCGCUAUGCAACGCUACCGGCCAGCGGCUCGGACCCCGUUCUGAAUACCAUUAGUCGCAGGCUGGCAAGGGGCUUGGACGGUCGCAACACGGGUCCUGCUGACAAACUCAGCAAGGUGAAUAUUACGAUUCACGAGCGCGGCGCCUGUUCAGAGAAACUCAAAUUGGGCGCGGUUGAAGACAUAAUAUGCGCUGGCGACGAUGGCAAGGAUGCAUGCGAGGGGGACAGCGGCGGUCCUCUUGUCGACCCCGUGACGGGACAUGUAAUCGGCCUCGUGACAUGGGGGAAGUGCUGGGAUCCUCCCACGGCAUAUGCCAGGGUCAGCAGCUACAUCGACUUUAUCAACGGAUUCGUUGGAGGCUCUGAUUCUAGUCCCCCUUUCAACGUAGAGCUUAAAUGUCGGGAUCUGGUUCAGUUGGUCGGGAAUGCCACUGGCCCCGGUGACGCUGGCAUUCCUUCGACCCCAACUGGGGAAGAGGAAGAGGAAGAGGAAGGCCCGACGGCUUUGGAUGCUGUGAUUGCAAAAAUUAGGGAGCUGGCAAAACAAUGUGGCUUGAAAGAAAACGAAAAGAUGACUCCAGAAUUGCAAAAGUGUGUUGCACGGUUAUAUCAAGAAGGUGUAACACGGCGCUGA